UCAAAUUAAAACAAUUUUUUGAUAGUUUCAUAAUUUUUUUCCAAUGGAUAACAUUUCAUUUUUUCUUUUGAACAUACCAAGGUCGCUAUGUAGAAUAUUCUCUUGUAUGAUUUAAAAAUCGCUGUACACUGAUAUUUUAAUGAGCUACUUAAAACAGAGUCAUAACGAAAUCUUGAAACAAAAUUUGUCACUGGGUAGAGAUACGUGAACGUUAAGGAUUUGAGAUCUUACUGUAUUGAUUUAAAAAUGGAUUUUAGUGAUAAAUAAACUCAGUAAAGUCAACAAAAUCAUACAAACAGACAUACGAGUGGACAUAAUUUUAUAAAAGCAAGUGAUAUGGAAUACGAAUACGGACAAGAAAUGCCGGAAAUUCAGGAUUUCUUACAUAGGCAUCGUAUGACGUCACAUGGACGUCGUAAGACAGUGCACGUUGCGGAACGUGGUCAGACAGCUCUAGGAUUAUUACGUUUACCGCCAAGUCCCGGUCGCAAAACGUUCAUGACUAAAAGAGCGUCUUUAACACCGUCUCCUGCAGUUAAAAUAACAUUCAACUUCGAAAGAUCUCGACUGGAUCGGCCAGUUUCUUGUAAAGUUAGAGUGAUUCAUCCUCCAACUUCACCACGUCUUUUUAAACCAAGAAGUGAACAGUCGCAUUUACAUCAUGGGGGACUGGAUAAAAAGCAUGUAUUAUAUGCCCCCUUCUAUCAAAGAAGAGGGUCGAUCAUGCGGCGUAGGUCAACAGUCACGAGCGAUAAUACUGAUGAAGAGGAAUAUAGGAAGAAAAGAUUACUAGCCAAAUUUAGACUCGCCGGGAAGCUGGCAAUAUUUUGCUCAAGGAACUUCAAACAACAUUGUCUGAGCCUUAAGAAGAAGAACAGGUUAAAUGAACAUCAAGAUGAGCUGGCUCCGUACAUCAAGAGAUUACAUUUCCACGAAGAUGAUAACACCGAUGAUUUACUUAUUGAUCUGUCCAAGUUCAAGGCCAACAGACAAAUGCGAAUCCCAGAAGAGACAAAAAGAAUUUUAUCAAAAGAAUUUUCACACCGGACCGAACAAGAAGUAUAUCAUGUCACUUUAGCUCUGCGGAACAUAAAGAGUUUCUCAGAAUAUCCUAAACGAAUGCAGGAAAAAAUUGCAGAAGUUGGACUAUACGAAAAAUACGAAUCUAAGAGAAUGAUUGUACGACAAGGACACCCAGCGUCCGCUUUUUAUUUUAUUCUUUCCGGGGCAGUUGUUGUCAUGGUAAUGGAUGAAGAUAGCAAAUAUGCUCGACCAGUAGCUCACUUAUACAAAGGACAAACAUUUGGGGAACUUGCAAUUAUUAACGAAUCAAAGAGGAAUUCAACUGUUAUUGCCAAGGAAACAUGCGAGUUUAUGUCUAUAUCAGCAAAGGAUUAUCACAAGAUAUUCAUGGCUGGAGGAGUGAAAAACAUCAACGACCCUGACCAAGAAAUCUUCCUCAAGAGUUUAACAUGUCUAGCAGCAUGGCCGAUACAUAUCCUACAAGAAAAUCCUAAUAAAUGUCAAUUUCUGUUUUUCAAAAAUGGUGAGGUUAUAGUUAGAGAUUCACAUUAUUCAGACUGGGUUAUUAUUGUCAAAUCAGGUAGCGUCCAAGUGUUGAAGAAACUUAAACGGGUAGAAGCUUUUGAAUGGAAGCGAAAAAAAGCGAUAGAGUACAUGAGCGGAAGUAAGAAACGUGAAGUAGUAAACCAGAGGACGGAGUGGCGCCGGGUUCUACCAGAAUUAGGAAUACCACUUAGCCAAAGUGAAGAGGAAGAUAAUAAUAUAGAGUUUUAUGAAAAUGGUAAACCAGUUCCUUUUGUUCAUCCUGAAGGGAAAGAAAAGAAUUUACAAGAAGAUGAAGAGCACACUAAGAAACAACCACAAAUACCAAACCUCUGGCCAUUUAAGGUUGAUAUAUCAGAGAUAGAAUCUGGUAGAUAUAUAGAAGAUAAUCGCCAUGCUGGUCCACCAUUUCGGACUAUCUCAGGCACAGCCAUUGAUACUUUAGAUAGUAAAUACCAAGGGAGAAAACUCAACAGGUUAACAGUCAAUAAUAAAUUAGGUAAACAAAGAGAUAGAAGUCACAGUAUGGCUCACGAGGAAGAAAAAGAAUUGCUUGGAUACCAACCGCAUAUACGUACCAUUAUGGAAGACAUUGACUCGGGAAUGAAACGAAAGGACAGUGACGUUGAGAUUAAUCCCGCAGACAUAAACCCGGAGUUCGUUCAUGUCCAAACUUUGACAAAAGGUCAAGUUUAUGGUCUAGCUGAUGUGAUAUUAAAAGACCAGCCUAGUUUCUCAGUUGUAAGCCAUGGUGCCGACUGUUUACUUAUCAACAAACAAUUCUACCUGGAGCAUGCUUCUGAAAAACUUUUACGAGAUAUGAGACAAGAGCUUUGUCCAUAUCCGACCGAAGAAGAGUUACAAGAAAGUUUACAAGUGAGUGUAGACUGGCAAGCCUUUAAGAAAACAUUGUUGAUACAAUCAAUGGAGAAAGUGUCCAGUAGAAAAUCAAUGAGAACUACUCUAAAUGGAACUAAAACACAGGAGGCAUUUGUUUACUAGAUAUCAUACCUGUAGUAACUUUUUCGUACACCUGAAACAGGAAAGAAAAUAGAUUGAUUGGAGGUGUUCGUAGCGAUCAUAAGUGUGUUUAUGGAAUCAUCUGAAGAAUUUGAUGAUUCGGCAAUAGAAAUACAAUAUUAUAGGUCUGAUUGGAGUCCGUGAACGUUUGGGUGAUACUUAUCUAUUUCCGUGACAACAAUACGAAACAAGAAGUGAUUGUAGAUUUUUCUUAGUGUGUUGUUUUCCUAGUCAUUCAGACUUUUAAGUAUCUCAACUCUGCUCCACUAGAAGUUCAUGUAUUUCUGUUAUUUAAGAGUGAAAAUCUAAUAGAAAACCUGUUAAAGUAUCUUGUAAGCGUGGAAAAAUGCUUUAACGUGAUUAAAAAAGACAUUCUUAUUUUACAACAGAUACUUAAAUGACAAGAAUUGGACGAGUGUCGCUGCUAAUUUGAUGGGCAUUUUGAUUUUCACUGUCGAUGUUGAGUGUAAACGGCGGUAUUGAAAAUACUAUGCUUCUAGAACAGUCAGUCCCUACAGUAGUGUUGACUGAUUUAGUCAUGUAGUUGGUGUUGGAGUCCAUUACAUAAACAAUGAACGGUUCCAUGGUUUAAUUCUUACCCCCCAUAUAUAUAAACACUAUUUCUUUAAUGGCCAGUUUUAUUUAUUACACAGCUGAUAUUUCAUUGUAUGGUGGAGGAAUUCGGUAUUUUGUCUAAUUAUAUUUGCUAUUUGUGUAGCUUAUUUAUUCAUAUGUCCAGUUUUAUCACAUGCUGCUAGGUAUCGUUCUUCAUGUGGUACUGUGUGGCUGAAUCAUCUCGAUGGCUACGUUCUAUGAACGCUGCUAUAUCUUGUCGGUCUUUGUUCUCAUUUUUUAUACUUAUAGAUUAUAUAGUGCUAAAAUUAAUAGUGCUAAAAAUAUGUGCUUUGAAUUCAUAAAAAUAGACAAGCAUUUGCUAAAUGUUUGAUGCGUUAAAACUGUUACUUGUCCCUAUCUGUAUUUGUCUUCCAUAGCUGUGAUAAAAUUACAUUUAUUUAGAAAUGUUAUUCAUUUAUUGAUGAUGUUUAUUAAAAUAAUGAUGAUGAAAAUAAUACCUGUUAUUUUUUAUUGAAAUAAACAUUGUUA